CGACCCCCCCUCCUUUUUUUUUUCUCUCUCUCUUAAUACUCGUUCUGUAUCCAUUAAUAAAAAUAUGACUGUAGAAACUAUCCCUAUUGUAGACUUUGCUGAUUACAAGACAAACCCAAACAAGGUUGCUCAAGAUGUCCUUCAAGCCUGUAAAUCCAUUGGUUUCUUUUACAUGAUCAAUCAUGAUUUGCCUCAGCAGGAUAUCGAUCGAGCCUUUGAACUGAGCAAGGAAUACUUUGAUUUACCUACUCAAGAAAAGCGUCAACACUUGAUUGACGAUACAAACCAUGGUUACUCUCAAAUAUACAGCGAAACAUUGGAUCCUGAGAACCAGAGACAAGGCGACCAUAAAGAGGGGUUUAACUUUAGAAACUUUAAAGAUGGUAAACCCUUUGCUCCACUUCCAACCUUGUUUGAAAAAAAUGUGGCCUUCUUGGACAAGUUCUCCAACGAUUGUCAUGCUACAGCACUUCAAGUAUUGGAGGCUUUUGCGAUUGCAUUAGAGAUUCCAAAAGAGAAAGGAGGUAAAGAAUUCUUCAAGGAAAGACAUCAACAGGAAGGUUCCGCUGAAAUUCUUCGUUUUUUGAAAUAUCCACGUGGGGGUGAAGCGGAAUACAAGGAAAUUGUACGUGCUGGUGCUCAUUCAGAUUAUGGAUCUAUUACGUUGCUCUUUCAAAAGGAUGUACCAGGCUUAGAGGUACAAGCAAGUCGUACAUCAUGGAUCUCCGCGCCUUUAAUCCCAGGUGCUAUCACAGUCAACGUGGGCGAUCAAAUGGAAAUAUGGACAGGUGGAUUAUUAAAAUCCACUAAGCAUCGUGUUACCUUCUUACCAGAACACAAUCAUCUGGAUCGUUACUCGAUUCCUUUUUUCGCUCAUCCCAAUGACAGUGUACCUUUACUACCUGUUCCUUCCGCUCUUGUAGAUCAAACAAUCACAGCUGUCGGUAGUGAUGGUCAUGUCUUGACUGCUCAUGAACAUUUACGUAGUCGUUUAGAUGCCACCUAUAAAUAAUUUUUUUUAAGGGGUAGCUUACCCUUCCAAUAACAAUAAAAAUGCCGAGAUUUAUAUGUACAAUGAGGGCGAAUAUACAAAUA